CACGGAAUGUGAUUACUGUAACAUACAGGGGCGGUCGCUCGCAGAUGUGUUUUGCAGUCACUCGGUGCUUGUGGAAGAAGCAUGGCCGGAGGUCAAGCCACAAAACUAACGUAUAUAUUUUCACGGCUCUCUCGUUUUGUAGCACAGAGGCAGUUGAAAGUUGUAACCAUCGUGUCCACCCAUCCUAAAUCCACAUUAACUGGACCUGCGGAUGAUCUGAACUGCAAAGUGGAAAUCGGCCUGACGUCCGACGGCAAAACGGUUGUGUGUCACCAUCCUUCCGUGGAGGUCCCGUAUGAACUCACCCAGCCUCUGCCCCGCCCGGACCCCCUGACCAAUCCCGCGGAGACCCACGACCAGGUUCUGAGGGCCCACCUUUGUAAAGACGUACUGCGUGACCAGCAGGCUCCCACCAUCGAGGAGCUCAGUAAAAUGUUCUACACCACAAAGCACCGCUGGUAUCCGGUUGGACAAUACCAUACCAGACGCAAGAAUCGCAACCCUCCGAGGGACCGGUGAUUGGCUACCUUCAUGUAACUGUCUAUUCUGAAACACCAUCUGUCUACCCUUUGUGUUCAAUAAAUAAAUGAACAAAUCCUUAAAA